CUGCAUUUUCACUUCAGAUAUCACGAACAUGAGCAUCGCGCCUCCGUCCGACAUUACCCCCUCGGCGAAGAAAGCAUGGGAAGAAAGCUCCGACUUCGCCAACUACUUUUGCACCUACGGGUUCAUCUACCACCAAAAGCAAAUGCUGUCCGACACGUUGCGCAUGCAAUGCUACCGCGACGCGAUUUUCGACAACGCGUCGUGCUUCAAAGACAAGGUCGUGCUCGAUGUGGGCACGGGUAGUGGUAUUUUGGCGAUCUGGGCCGCCCAAGCUGGUGCCCGACGUGUGUACGCUGUCGAGGCGACCGACAUGGCCGUGCAGGCCCGUCGCGUCGUCGCUGCCAACAAGCAAGACCACAUCGUGACCGUGAUCCAAUCCAAGAUCGAAGACGUCACCCUCCCUGAACAAGUCGACAUCAUCAUUUCGGAAUGGAUGGGAUACUUCUUGAUGCGUGAAUCCAUGUUCGACUCGGUGUUGCUCGCCCGUGACCGGUGGUUAAAGCCCGGUGGUGCGCUGUAUCCGUCGCACGCCACCAUGUACAUUGCACCUCUUGGCAUGGAACAAGCGGCGUUGAAGCGCUUCAAUGAGUUCUCGAACGCCAUGGACGAGUGGACGGUGUUUGUUCAAGAAACCAAGGACAUGUGGGGUGUCGACAUGUCGUGUCUCGGCAACGCGUUCCGAGAAGAACAGGAGCAGUACUCGCUCAAGACGUCGCAGUUCGUCGAAUUGAGCGCGGAAGACGUGAUUGGGGACGAAGCCACCAUCAAGUUCCUCGACCUGAACAAAUGUACGUUGGAAGAUGUUGCGUCAGUCAAGUCGGAUUUCAGCGUCACGUUCACCAACACAACUCGAUUCGGCGCGUUCGGUGGCUGGUUCGACGUCGACUUUCACGGGUCGGAAGAGAACCCGGCCGUGUCCAAGGUCAAGCUGUCCACGUCGCCUUACGUUCAAACAACACAUUGGGGCCAGCAAGCGUUCCCACUGUCGCCGAUCCAAGUGUGCGAAGGCGACGUCGUCAAGGGCCACGUCGAAGUCGUCCGUCGCUCCGACAAUCAGCGCCUCAUGAACGUCAAGUUUGAUUAUCAAAUGGAGUACCAAGGACAGUCCCGCGACCAACCCAAGCACUCGGCGAUUUUCCAGGUCGAAUAAUUAACUUGAGCGACGAUGAGCGAAUAUCUCACCUGACUUUGUGGUGGAACAUUUGACAUGCGCUCCGGAUAAAUCGAAGUUCC